AUGGGUAUUCUUGACAAAAUUGCCGAAGUUGAACGAGAAAUCGCUCGAACUCAAAAGAAUAAGGCCACGGAAUACCACCUGGGUCUUCUCAAAGCCAAAUUAGCGAAGUACCGUGCAGAGUUAUUGAAACCGGUUGACAAAUCACAGAAAGGCGAAGGAUUUGAAGUCCUCAAAUCGGGUGACGCUCGGGUUGCUCUUAUCGGUUUUCCUUCAGUGGGCAAAUCCACUCUUCUUAAUUCCCUCACAUCUGCUAAUAGUGCUUGCGCUUCCUAUGAGUUCACUACACUUACUUGUGUUCCUGGUGUUAUUGAGUAUGAGGGUGCCAAAAUACAACUUCUUGAUCUUCCCGGUAUCAUCGAAGGUGCCGCCGAGGGUAAAGGCCGCGGUCGUCAAGUUAUUGCCGUGGCUCGGACUGCAGAUCUCAUCCUUAUGAUGAUCGAUGCUACCAAACCCUCUAUUCAGCGUCAACUCCUAGAAAAGGAACUUGAAAGUGUUGGAAUUCGAUUAAAUCAACGAAAACCCAAUGUUUAUUUCAAGCAAAAGAAGGCUGGAGGAAUGCAAAUCAACUCUAUGUGCCCACUGACACAUAUCAACGAGAAGAUGGUGCAAAUGAUUCUUCAUGAAUAUAAAAUAUUUAACGCUGAUGUAGUCAUUAGGGAGGACAUCACACAGGACCAGCUCAUUGAUGUGAUUGUUGGCAAUCGUGUCUAUCUGAAGUGCCUCUAUGUCUACAACAAAAUCGAUCAAAUUUCGUUGGAAGAAGUGGACAAAUUAGCUCGAGAACCACAUUCAAUUGUUAUAAGUUGUAAUUUGGGACUCAAUCUGGAUUACCUAUUGAAAGUUAUGUGGGAGUACCUAGAUCUCAUUCAGAUUUACACAAAGAAACAAGGCAAAAAGCCCGAUCUAGAUGAGGGUAUUAUCCUAAGAAAUGGUGCUAAUGUUGAACAUGUGUGCCACUGCAUUCAUCGUUCACUUGCCAAUAACUUUAAAUAUGCAUUGGUCUGGGGUACAAGUGUCAAGUUUAGUCCACAACGAGUUGGUCUUUCAAAUACCGUCAAUCAUCAUGAUGUCAUUCAGAUCGUAAAGAAGUAA